AUGGACUUUGGCUUCGUGAGCUCGCCGUCACAGUCGCCAAGCCAAUCCAUCUUCACUGCUGGGCAAUACUUCGACAGCACUUCUGAAAGCUCAAGUCCCAAUUCGCCUCAUCAAAUGAGUCAAAUGAUGUUCAAUAAUACGUCCAUGCAAUAUGACAUGCUGCAAUAUGGAGGCACUACAUCGACGUUCUACCCUCCCACCCAAUCAAAUCAACUCCCCGUCGACUACAACAACACCACAGCGAGCCUCGACCAGACUGACAGGAGGAGACGGCGGUCGGAUAGCACAUCUGCCUCAACCAAGGACAGCAAGGAGACUAUCCCGAAUAUGCAUUUGAGGAGACGUGCACAAAAUCGAGCCUCCCAACGGGCUUUCCGAGAACGGAAAGAAAAGCACGUCAAAGGUCUUGAGCGCCAACUCGAGGAUCUGCAUGAGAAACACCAAGACCUUCUCCAAUCGUAUACUCGUCAGGCCGAUGAGGUGACCAGGCUCAACAAUCGCAUUGUCGAUCUCAACGGCGAACUGAAUACACUUCGAAACUGCCAGGAUCAAUCGUUCAGCGAAAUGUUGAUGCCGGAUAAGUUUGACAAGUUUGACGCCUUCUCAGCUACCGACAUGCUCUACAACGGCCCUGGUUGUUAUUUUGACAAGAAUGCAGUCGACCUCAAUUCCGAGUUUGCGCUGCACUCAUUUGAGGAUUCGUUGUAA